AUGCAGUACCACGCAAUGUCGCUCUCGAAACAGGCCGGCUUCGCCGUCGACCUCGUCGGGCACGCAGGCUCGCCUGUGUUCGAGGGCAUCGUGUCGGAUCCAAACAUUCGCGUCAGGACCGUUUCGGCGCCGCUGUGGACCGAAAGAGUGGGGUGGCGUCCCCUGGCGCUGCUCCUCAAGGCUCUGCUGCAGGCCCUGGCGUUGUUCUGGGCGCUCGUCUUCGCCCUGUCCAGACCUGACGUCAUCCUCGUGCAAGUACCCCCUGCCGUACCGACACUACCCAUCUGUCUGCUAGCCGCGCGCCUGCGCGGCGCGCGGAUCGUCGUGGACUGGCACAACCUCGGCUACACGCUCCUCGCGCUCAAGAUGGGCCCCAAGCACCCCCUCGUGGCGCUCUAUGCCUGGAUCGAGAGAGUCUUCGGCCGCGCCGCCGACGGUCAUCUCACCGUCACCGAGGCCAUGCGCGACCACCUCUCGCUGACGUGGGGCAUGCGCAACCCCCCCGGAAACAUGGGGGUGUUUCACGACCGCCCCGCGAGCACCUUCCGUCGGCUGCACGCGCCCGAGGCGGCGGAGCUGCUCCAGCGCCUGCGCGUGGUGCUCGAGCACAGCGACGGGCGAGCGAGCGAGGGCAGCGGCUGCGAUCUCUUUUGCACAAACACGCACCCCGACGGGCGGGCGUGGUAUGGGGAGGGCGCGAACGGGCGUGCGCUGACCCCAUGGACGGACGGCGCGGCGUGGCGGCCGCGCCGCCCCGCGCUGCUCGUCAGCGGCACGAGCUGGACGCCGGACGAGGAUUUCGGCAUCCUUCUAGACGCCGCGAUCGCGUAUGACAAGGAGGUGAGGGCGGAGCGCGCUCGGGGCGGGGCGUCGCAGCUUGGUACAAGAGGCACGGGUCGAGAGGGGGGGGAGGAGUCAGGGGGGGGGUCAGGGGACAGGCUGCUGCCGGACCUGGUGAUCAUCGUGACGGGGAAGGGUCCGCUGCGGGACCACUACACGUCGCGGAUGGCCGACUUGGAUUUGCGGCACGUGGCGUUUCGGUGCGCGUGGCUCGCCGCGGAGGACUACCCGCGCCUCCUCGGCGCAGCCGACCUCGGCGUGUCUCUCCACCAGUCCUCCUCGGGCAUCGACCUCCCGAUGAAGGUCGUGGACAUGUUUGGCUGCGGGCUCCCGGCCCUGUCGCGGUCGUUCGCGUGCGUCGGCGAGCUCGUCAAGGCGGGCGUCAACGGCGAGCUCUUCGACACGCCGCAGGAGCUGUCCGGCCUGCUCGUGCGCGUCCUGCGGGGGUUCCCGGACGCGGCGCCCGCCGUGUACCAUGCGUUGCGGGAGGGGGCGGCGCGGGAGGCGCGGGCGGGGUGGGGCGCGGAGUGGGAGCGGUGCGCGCUGCCGAUGCUGGGCGGGAGGGACAAGAGGGCCUAG